UCGGUAGGGGGAGGAGGCAGAGGAGGGAGUCGAAGGGACAGAGCGGGAAGAGCCCGGUCUCUCCGUUCGAGUUCUGGAGCUGACACGCGAAGUCUGCCGGAGCUGUCAGCUUUCUGAGCGUUCCGUGUCACCCGAGCUUCCCCACGUAAACGUCCCCGUGAGAUCGAGAAAGAGAAAAUGGAGGAGGGUGGCGGCGGCAGCAGUAGCUGCAGCGACGGCGGUGGCGGUGUCAGCACCAUCGCCAUCGCUGCGGGGACCAGCGCGGACGCAGGGGACCAGCUCUUAACUGUCAAACACGAGCUGCGAACCGCUAAUUUAACAGGACACACGGAGAAAGUGGGAAUUGAAAAUUUUGAACUUCUGAAGGUUCUAGGAACAGGAGCCUAUGGAAAAGUAUUCCUGGUUCGUAAAAUAAGUGGUCAUGAUGCUGGAAAGCUGUAUGCUAUGAAAGUUCUGAAGAAAGCCACAAUUGUUCAGAAAGCCAAGACAGCAGAGCACACAAAGACAGAACGGCAGGUGCUGGAGCACAUUAGGUUAUCACCCUUUUUGGUUACAUUGCAUUACGCUUUCCAGACAGAGACAAAGCUGCAUCUCAUUCUAGAUUACAUAAAUGGUGGAGAACUUUUUACUCAUCUUUCUCAAAGAGAACGUUUCACGGAAAAUGAAGUACAGAUAUACAUUGGGGAAAUUGUGCUCGCCCUUGAACAUCUCCAUAAGUUGGGCAUUAUAUACCGUGACAUUAAACUGGAGAAUAUUCUACUUGAUAAUAAUGGCCAUGUAGUACUGACAGAUUUUGGUCUAAGUAAGGAGUUCCUUGCUGAUGAAACUGAAAGAGCAUAUUCCUUUUGUGGAACUAUAGAAUACAUGGCACCUGAUAUUGUCAGAGGAGGAGAUACAGGACAUGAUAAGGCAGUGGACUGGUGGAGUUUAGGCGUUCUUAUGUAUGAGUUACUUACUGGAGCAUCUCCAUUUACUGUUGAUGGAGAGAAAAAUUCCCAAGCUGAAAUAUCUAGGAGAAUAUUAAAAAGUGAACCUCCAUAUCCCCAAGAAAUGAGUGCUUUAGCUAAAGAUAUAAUUCAGCAUCUCUUGAUGAAAGAUCCUAAGAAAAGAUUGGGUUGUGGUCCACGAGAUGCAGAUGAAAUCAAAGAGCAUCCAUUCUUUCAGAAAAUAAAUUGGGAUGAUUUAGCUGCCAAAAAAGUGCCAGCACCAUUUAAACCAGUAAUCCGGGAUGAGUUAGAUGUCAGUAAUUUUGCAGAGGAAUUUACAGAAAUGGAUCCCACAUAUUCUCCUGCAGCUCUGCCUCAGAGUUCAGAGAGGCUAUUUCAGGGAUAUUCUUUUGUUGCUCCUUCUAUCUUAUUUAAACGCAAUGCAGCUGUCAUAGAUCCUCUUCAGUUUCACAUGGAAAUUGAACGUCCAGGAGUGACAAAUGUUGCUAGGAGUGCAAUGAUGAAGGACUCUCCUUUUUAUCAGCACUAUGACCUAGAUCUUAAAGACAAGCCAUUGGGAGAAGGAAGUUUUUCAAUUUGUCGAAAAUGCUUGCACAGAAAAAGCAACCAAGAAUAUGCAGUCAAAAUAAUAAGUAAAAGAAUGGAAGCCAACACUCAGAAAGAAAUAACAGCUUUGAAACUCUGUGAAGGACACCCCAAUAUAGUGAAGUUGUAUGAAGUUUAUCAUGAUCAGCUUCACACAUUUCUGGUGAUGGAACUUCUGAACGGAGGAGAACUCUUUGAACGAAUUAAGAAAAAGAAACAUUUCAGUGAAACCGAAGCCAGUUAUAUUAUGCGGAAGCUUGUUUCAGCUGUAAGCCACAUGCAUGAUGUGGGCGUGGUACAUAGAGAUCUGAAGCCUGAGAAUUUAUUGUUCACUGAUGAAAAUGAUAAUUUGGAAAUUAAGGUAAUUGAUUUUGGAUUUGCACGUUUAAAGCCACCUGAUAAUCAGCCUCUUAAGACGCCAUGCUUUACCCUUCAUUAUGCUGCUCCAGAACUCUUAAAUCAUAAUGGCUAUGAUGAAUCUUGUGAUCUGUGGAGCUUAGGAGUCAUUUUGUAUACAAUGCUAUCAGGACAAGUUCCAUUCCAGUCUCAUGACAAAAGUUUAACAUGUACCAGUGCAGUAGAAAUCAUGAAAAAAAUUAAAAAAGGUGAUUUCUCUUUCGAAGGAGAAUCUUGGAAGAAUGUAUCCCAGGAAGCCAAAGAUUUGAUUCAAGGGCUUCUUACAGUGGAUCCCAAUAAGAGACUUAAAAUGUCUGGCUUGAGGUACAAUGAAUGGCUUCAAGAUGGCAGUCAGCUAUCUUCAAAUCCUUUGAUGACUCCAGAUAUACUAGGAUCUUCAGGAGCUGCUGUGCAUACCUGUGUAAAAGCAACCUUUCAUGCCUUUAACAAAUACAAGAGGGAGGGAUUCUGCCUUCAGAAUGUUGAUAAAGCUCCUCUUGCAAAGAGAAGGAAAAUGAAGAAAACCAGCACAAGUACGGAGACCCGCAGCAGUUCAAGUGAAAGUUCUCACUCUUCUUCCUCUCAUUCUCAUGGUAAAACAACACCGACAAAGACACUACAGCCAAGUAAUCCUGAUAGCAAUAAUCCAGAAACCAUCUUCCAGUUCUCUGACUGAAGAUUAACAGUGGUGAGAAUGGAAUUGGUGAUACACAGCACCUUUACUUCCCUUGGCUUAGACCUGAGAGAUGUCUAUUGAUUUAAAAAAAAAUACCUGCCAUGUCAUCUUGCUCUCAUUUAAAUUUUGCCUUUUAAUGGAUUUCUUUUAAAUAACCUAUUUGGUUUGUCCUUGUCCAGUUAUUCUGGACACAGUUUAUUACUGUGAAUAGAGCUAGUGUUAAAACUGUUUGGAAAUCAAGAAUAAUCUCAACAUUACUUUUCUUGAAAGAGCAAAGCUUUCUGUAAAUUUAAUUAGAGGUUGUCCCCAACUGGUUAGCUUUGAGCUGCUUACAAAAUAUGUCUUCAGUUUUUUUAGAUGACUGCUAACAGAUUGGCCUGUGCUAAGAUGACCAUUUGUUUUCACUUUGGAUGGCAUGGAGUAUAAAAGAAAAGUUUGCAACCUUUGCUCAAUGACUUACCAGUGAGGUUGUCUGAUUUUUCAUAAGGAUUUUGUGAUGACCCUAAUGCAUUAAAUAAAUUUGUUUCUUGAGGGAAGGUUUUAACUUACUGUUUCUAAUUAACAGUUACAGAUAAUAACAUGUAAAUGUAAAUCUUUUUCUAAAAAGGAUUCAAAAACAUAAGAUCCCUUGGUAUGUAUUUGGAAUCCUUAUGAAAUGCAUGUUAAUCUAUGUACAUUUUUAACUACACACUGCUCUUUCCUAGCAAUUUGUUUUAAUGGUUAUUGAAAAACAUUAGGGUACAUUUAUCUUUUCUAAAUCAUAUUGCACUUUAUGAAGGAGUGUUACAAAAGGAAGCAAGCUGUUUUAUAAAGUGCACAGCUUAUAGCACAUGUACUGUAUUUUAACCAUUUUUUCCAUUAUCUACUUUAAAUUACUCCUCACAUCUCUUUUCUACUUUGGAUGCAACAAAUAGAGUAGGCCUGGCUAUAUGAUUAAAUCGUAAGCCACUUAUGCACUGAUGUGAGGAUAAACUAAAGGGAAAUUUUACUAAACACUGUGCUUCAUAACUGUACACUGUGUUGUGCUACAGGGAGGGAUUUCCUCCUGUGGUAGUUUAUUAUGUAUAUAAUUAUUUUAGCAUCAUAAAUGUGAUUUGUUUUGAAACAUUUCAAUUGUUAACUUUUAAAUAUGAAAAACAUUUUAUAAACUUAUGCAGAGCACUUUUAAUUGCUCAAGUUCUGAACUCAUAUGGAAAUCUUAAGUGCUAAUUCUUUGUCUAAGAAGUUUCAUUAAGAGCUUGCUGCAUUUUAACGUAAAUAAAUCCAUUCCCUAUGCAAAAAAACCAAACACACACAAAAAGGUUAUACGAAUUGUAGUUAGAUUUUAUUUCAUAGAAAUCACAGGGACUCUAAAAGGACUCUAAAAAUCAAAAUUAGCCAUGUUUACAGGAAUUAUAUGUAACAAAGCCAGGGCUAACAUUUGUUUUGUGGUUUUUAAUCAAUGAUAACCUUUUGAGUAUUUGGGAAAGGAUUUGGGCAUGAACUUACUUUAUUUAUUAUUUUCUUAAUAAUAACAUCAAAGAUAAUAGCAGCAUUAACUUUAGCCUGAUGUGAAUACUGAAAUAUUGCACUGUUUAUGUAGUAAUAUAUUUAAUAUUAAAUCAAUAUGUAAUUGAUGUCACUGGGAAUUAAAUGGCCAAUAUUGAUAUUUUCAAAAUAUUGAUAUAAAUUUUAUUCGCAUUUUCUUCUUAAUGAUUAUUAAGAGUAAUUUUUUCUAUUUUUGGAAGAGCCCAAUGGUUUCAUAAUUCUUAUUGAGUCAGGAACUGUUAUUUGUGCACUAGGUAUUUAAGGUAAUGAUGAAAAAAUCUAGAAUGAAUUACUACAAUCUACAAACAGUUCAUAAAAUAUGCAAAUGAAACAUAACUUUUUAAUAUUAAUUAAAAUUUCCAUUAAUAGAAAAUGUUAUUCUAUAAGUAAGUUUUUAGUAAAUAAUGCAAUUGCUGUACAGACUUAAAAGAAUUUCUUAUAUAAGGGAAAUGGUUAAGAAAAAAUUUCAAACAAUAUGCUAUUGGUAGUAUGGUUGAUGCUAGUUUAAAGUGAACAUUUUGAUAGAUGUAAUUUUCAUUUCUUCUUUUCCCUGAUUUCCUCUAAUGGAAAAGCUCAUAAGAGAUAAAAUAAGAAAAAAGGCAGAAUUAAUGAAGAAGAAAAGGUUAUGUUAAACCACAAACUAAGAAACCAUCUCUUAAUCAAGAAUUAACUCUGAGAAAGCUUCAAAUUAAGUCCAUAGUGAUGCUUCCCUUUUCAGAAUUCUUCCCCUAAUUAUAAAUGCCAAAAGGUCACUAUUUAACAUAUUAUGUUUUUAUAAUUAACACCAUCUCAAUUUGGAUUCAGACUGUUUUAUAAUGUAAAAUAAGUUACAUUUUGAAAUUAAUGCUUUCAGGUUACUAAAAUAGAAAAAAUUUUAUGCAUGCAAAAUGUUAAGAUGAAAUUACUGUUGUCUUUAUCAAUAGAUAAUGAAAAUGCAUAUGACCAAAAAGAAAUAUAUGAAUACUUUUAUACCAUUAGUGUGGCAGAUGGGACUGAAUGUACCACACUAUAACUCCACCCAAGUCCACUACUGCCACCUCCCACAGCAUUUUUACUGUAUAAAUGUGUUUGUUUGGGGAAUAUGUGACUUGGCCCAUUUUGUAAGUUCUAUUCUAGUUAAUGGGGUUCUGUUUUCUUUUGAAUCUUAAUUCCAGUGAUUGAGAUAUGAAUAAAAAUGAUACUAAAGGAAAGAAGUAAGAAAGGAAAGAUUGGUUUUUUAGCUUUCUAGAAAUUAUGAUUCCUCCAGAGUCCAUCUUUAUCCAUAAGAUGAGAUUCUUUUUGGUGAGUAAAUAUAUAUGAUAUUCUGAAAAGCAUUAACUCCCUAGGUUAUCUAAGAAAUAUGGGUCACACCUCAGAGAAAGUAAGUUAGUAAAUUAUGUACUUAUUUUCCUGAAUUAAUGCACAUCCCAAUAUGUCUGUCUUGAAUUCCAGUAUUAGUUGUAUUUCCACUUGAAAUUAGUUUUAAUUUUAAUACUCCUGAUGUUUCUAAAAUGAUUACAUAAUGAAUGCAUUUUAACUGUAUGAGAAAUUAUUUUAAAAGACUAGUAGAAUUGCAAUAACUUUUUAUUUAUAAAAGAAUUAUAAAAUCUAUUUUGAAUGUCACAUUAUUUUUAAAAAUAUUCUCAGAUAUUAUUUUAUGAGAACAUAACUUCGAUUUAAUAUAUUCUUGUUCACUUCUUUCAGUUAGCUAUUUUAGACAUUCACUAGGAAAAAGGUUUUUAUUGGGAGACAAUUUCUAAUUUAUUGUUCAUUUCUAUUAUCCAGAUAUAUUUUUCAGUAUAGUCUUCUCUUGACUAGAAAUAAGAGAAGAGGUUUAUUUAUAUAAUCCAAUUCCUAAUAAUCACUAAUUCUUAAACAGCUAAAAUUAUUUAUGGCAAGUCACUUAAAUUAUGGCAAAAAUAAUUGUGAAUUAAAUUCUGUUAUAGUGUUAUCAAAUAUCUUUUCAUUUAAAAUUUUUUUUAUAAAUUUGGAAAAGUUAUGUUUCUAAAUCAAAUAUUUCCUUGUGAUAAUUAAACAUAUCCUUCACAUGUAUGUCUCGUUCUUUAGGGAAACAACUCUUUAAAAAAAUUAAUAUAGCAGAAAGUUAUUGAAUCAAGAAUUUUAAUAGGAGACAAUUUUUAAAUUGCUACAGCUCAUGGAAUGGAAAAAUUAACAUAAAGAAAGAAAUAUUGAUUAAAUAUGAUACUGUAAAUAUUCUUAACCCAAAGAAAAAAGUCUCUGCAACUAUCUUGUAAGUUUUAUUCAUCUAUUCAUUUUCCUAAUCAAGUUCACCUCAAAAUGUGAUAUUUUUGAAGAAACAAAGGCUAUGUCCCCCAAAAGAUGGUUUCUUUAAAAAGUACUUUUAGAUAUGGAUUUCAAGGAGAAAGGAGCAACUUUUUCAUAAGAGCAGUUCACAAGCCUAAUUUCAAUCAUGAUCUGUAAUGUUUUUCUUUUGAGCUAAAGCAGGUGAUUCCUUCUGACCUACUUCCUUCUUUUCAUUUAUUUGCUCCCAGUUGUAUUUUUAGCUAGGUGCUUGCCAUUGCAGUUUAUUUCCUUGUCUAAAGUUGUUUGUCUAUGCUGUUUCAUGAAUCUUUUAGAAAUUGACCACCUCCCAUUGUACUGUAUAUUUCUUCUAUUGGACUUGAGGUGAACAUAUUUUUGAACCAAAAACUUAAGUCAUGUUAAGAGGUAUAAUUCUUUCAAAAAUCUCAGUUUUUUAAAAGCACACUUUUCCUCUUGAAUUUGAUACUAUUCCAGAAAAAAAAAAAAAAAGGGAUGUGUGUGGAUAGACCAUAAUAAGUACAGUUAAUAAAAGCUGUUUCCAAAAUCCUUCCCUUCUUCCUACCUGUGCAAAGUUGAAGAUAUUAACAAAAAAUAGUUCAUCCCUGUGAUUUUGUUUUCCAUUUUUCAUGACAAUAUAUGUAACAAUCUAGAUUAGUAUGUGAAAGCAAUAUGUAUUAAAAAAGGAAGGCUCUUACUACUAAAAAUUGAAUAUUUCUGGUUUAUCAUGACUGAAAAAAAUAUUAUCGAUUUGAACACAUUUAUGGAAUGCUUAUUUUUUUUAAGUGAUUGACUUGGUAUAGAGUAGGUCAAAUGUGUUUAAUUUAUUUCUACAUGUCUAGACACUGUGGCAAUAGUAUUUUACAUUUUGUUAAUUUUCUUUUGUUAUUAAGGCCCUUUUCUGUGCAUUGUAUUUGAUUUUUACAA